AGGAAUCGUAUAACAGUAGGACCUAAGUCAAUUAUUUGUCAAGAAACAGAACUUAGAGGCGAGAUUUCUAUUGGCACUGUUCUUCAUCCCCAGUGCCGCAUUAUUGCUGAAAAUGGUCCAAUUUAUAUUGGAAAAAAUAAUAUUAUAGAAGAGAACGUUAUUAUUUUUAAUAAACAAUCCACGCCACUUGUCAUUGAUGUAGAAGGUACACGUAUCGGUAACAAUAAUAUUAUGGAAGCAAGAUCUCGUAUUUUAGGUAGUACAGCAGUUGGAAACUAUUGUGUCUUUGGUGCAGGUUGCUCAACGGAAAGUAAUGAAACAAUACCUGAUUUAACUGUUAUAUAUGGGGCUGAAUCAAAAAGAAGAACACAAAGUCAGCCAUUACCGGAACAAGCAAUACUUCACACAAGACAUUUAGACUAUUUACGAGAAGUUUUACCAAAAUAUAAUCAUUUAAAGAAAUUGGAAACAAAUUAA